AUGCCCACACCGCCGGUGCCACACGCCUGGGGAUGGCAGUGGGUGGCAGAGGGACCCCCCAGCACCGACCCUCCCCCAGCUGUGCCCGCAGCCCCCCGGCAGCCCCAGGGGGUCCCCGCUGGUGACACCACCCAGCAGUACUACGCCGUGGUGAAGAAGCUGCGCACCUACUCGGGCGCCCAGCGCUACUGCCAGGACGUGUACCGCGGCCGGCUGGCCUCCGUGCACAGCGCUGCCCGCAACCAGGAGCUGCAGAAACUGGCACAAAGCUACCACAUCGUCAUCUCACCCUGGAUUGGAGCUGUCACCAGCCGCAGGGUGAGGGCACUCUGGGGACAAGGGGCUGCCAAGGGGUGCUGGGAGCUGCUUUGGGGGGUGAGGGGCUGGGGCUGCUUUGUGUGGGACGAGCCUGGGGCUGGAGGCUGGGUUUUGAGGCGUGAGGGGCUGGCUGCUGGUUGCUGGUUUUUGGGGUUGAGAGGCUGGGGAGGGGUGGUGGGGGCUCUGCCUGGGGACUGAGGUGUUGGCACAGCAGGCAGGGCAGUGGGAGUCCUACUGGGAGGACUCCAGCCCCUGGAACUACGCGAACUGGGCGCCCACCCACCCCUUCCACAUCGUCACCACCUGCA